AUGCCUUCACUGUUUUUAGAUUCACUAAUUUUGGAGAAAAAUAUUCAUAAAACAGGCAUAAGGCUCCAUCGCCAAAUCCCACACUAUCCAGCUCGUAACGAAAAGCAUGCCGCAUACUGUAGCAUCCGCGAAUAUCAUGUGAUGUGUGGCCCAGAAAGACAUUGUGACAAAAGCUGUGAUAAUAUGUACAGUCCACCAAACUGUUACCAUGAUGCGACUAAUCCAAAAUGCUAUUUCCCAAGAUGUCUCUGUAAGGAUGGGUACGUUCGCAAUGCUGCUGGCCACUGCAUACGGGAACAUCAAUGUCCGAACAGAUACAGCGAGCCAAGUAGGAAUUCGAUAGCUGCAAGUUCCAUGACUAUAACUUCUAUUUCUCCAGACCGAGACUGA